GUGAAUGAGUGUUUACCCAACAAUCUGCCCUGGAGUAUACCCGAGCAUGAGUUUUCUUAUCGCAAAGAUUUGCGAAGCUUCUGCAUUUUUACAAUAGACCCGGCCACUGCCAGAGAUCUGGACGAUGCUGUAUCCAUUGAGGACCUCGGAAAUGGCAGAUAUCAAGUUGGUGUGCACAUUGCAGAUGUCAGCUACUUUGUCAAGGAGGAUACAGAGCUGGACUCUGUGGCCUCCAGGCGGGCAACAAGUGUCUACCUGGUGCAGAAGGUUAUCCCUAUGCUGCCACGUCUGCUGUGUGAAGAGCUGUGCAGUCUCAACCCUGACCAUGACAGACUGACCUUCUCAGUUAUGUGGACUAUUGAUGAACAAGGCAUGAUCUAUGAUGAAUGGUAUGGCAGGUCGGUGAUCAGGUCUUGUGUCAAGCUGAGCUACGAUCAUGCCCAGGGGUUCAUUGAACAGCCAGAUAAGGUUUGGACCCGAACAGAGCUCCCCUCCAUUACCAACUCAUUUGAUGUUGAAGAUGUCAAGUCCAGAGUUCUGUUACUAAACAAGAUUGCUGUCAACCUGAGAAAGCAGCGGUUUGACAAUGGUGCUCUGAGACUAGACCAGGUGAAGCUGCAGUACACGCUGGACGGUGAGACUGGACUGCCCAAUGGAUACUUUGUCUACCAGCAGAAAGAUAGCAAUAGACUCAUCGAAGAGUUUAUGUUAUUGGCCAACAUGGCUGUGGCUCACAAGAUAAAGAACAGCUUCCCUGACAAGGCAAUACUGCGUCGCCAUCCUCCACCCCAGCACAAACCCUUGGAAGCUGUGGAAGAACUUUGUGGUAAUUUGGGACUGGAGAUCAAUGGAGCAUCUGCUGGUGAACUGCAGAAAUCCCUGUGGAAAUAUUACGGGGAGGAUGACUUCAACUUGGCAAGAAUACAAGUCCUGGUUGUACUGAUCUCAAAACCUAUGCAGGUUAGAUUUCAAAUGCCAAAAUACUUUUGCUCCGGCACAUUCCCAGAUGAAACCUUGUACCACCAUUAUGCCUUGAAUGUGCCUCUCUACACCCACUUCACCUCUCCCAUCAGACGCUACCCGGAUAUUAUGGUGCACAGGUUGCUUGCUGCCUCACUGGGAUACUCUGACCCCACAGACAAAGUCACUGAGCUGCUACAGAAGCAAGCAGAUUACUGCAAUGAUAAAAAACAGAGCGCCAAGAUGGCAUCCGAUCGGAGCAGUGAUAUGUAUUUUGCUAUCUUCGUCAAGGAGGCUGGUCCUCUAGAAGAAUUAGGCAUGGUGAUGGCAGUACUCAACAAGUCCUUUGAUGUGCUUAUCCUGAAACUUGGGGUUGUCAAGCGAGUUUACCUGGAGCAACUGCCCCUGAAGUCAUAUACCUUCCGGAAGAACAUGAAGUGCCCUGAGCUGGUGAUAGAGUGGAAAGCUGAUGACCAGUGUAAACGCUCAACAAAGCAUCUGAUCACACUCUUCACCCAAGUGGAGUGCUGUGUCUUUGCAGAGAAGGAGCCACUCAAGUGGUCGGUAAGUCCACCACACCUGAGAAUUAUAUAG